AUGGGACUUGGCGUGCUAGAUACCAGACACGCUCACGUACCUGGCACGUCGGUCAUACUCAGGACAGAAGCAGACACCACUGGCGAAGUAACAGUCCACUCAGAACUGAAAUACGACGGCACAGGUUCGGUGCCCAUCUUGCUCGUUCCUCAACCAAGCGAUGACCCAAAUGAUCCGUUGAACUGGCCGCGAUGGAAGCGCGACGGCACGCUUUUUGCCCUCUGUUUUGUCGCAGUGCUCUGCGCAACUACCAGCUCACUCAUGGCUGCGAAUACUGUCACCAUUGCUCUACACUACGGGAAAAGCUUCACCUCAGUUGCGCUCCUGACCGGGUACCACCUCUGCGGCGUCGGGGUGGCCGGGAUCUUGAUUGUGCCUACUGCCCGAGUCUGGGGAAAGCGUCACCUCUUUCUGCUUGGGAAUGUCUUGAUGGUCGCGAGUUGCGCCUGGGCCGGGGCAAGUCGAGACAACUACCAAAGUCUACUGUGGGCCCGUAUCUUCCAGGGCGUUGCUUUGGCCCCUUUCGAAGCUCUGGUCAACGCAUGUGUUGGUGACUUGUUCUACGUCCACGAACGGGGCAAAAGAAUGGCACUUUCCAACGUUGCGCUCUUUGGGGCAGCGUUUCUCACGCCAGUCCUGGCCGGCAAGAUAACGCACACCCUCGGCUGGGAGUGGACAUUCUACUUGGUCGCCAUUUUCACCGCCGCAGCCUUGCCCGUCACCUUCUUCUUCGUGCCCGAGACGGCCUUCAGGCGUCCGGAAUCCCCCAGCGCUGGCGUUGAAAAUGCUACUGGCCGCCUGUCUGGGAGUCGCACAGCCUCGCAGGUACAGUUCACCGACCUUCCAGCGCCCAAGACUCUCCAGGAACCGACCUUGCCAAAACCGACUACACCGUGUAUAAUAGACGAAUCCGCCCGGGGGGGAUCCUCAAACGAGCUGUCGAGGGAGGCAAAGAAAGAAGUACCUGCCAAGGUCACAUACUUCGAAACACUAAAGCCAUUCAAUGGACGCAAAACCGACGAACGUUUCCUCAAACUCCUUCUGCGACCAUUUCCCCUUUUCUUCCAUCCCGCAAUUCUCUGGGCUUGUUUGAUUCAAGGUGUCAUCAUCGGAUGGACGGUAUUCAUCGGUGUUGUCCUGGCCGCUAUCUUUCUCGGACCCCCGCUCUGGUUCAAUGAGGUACAAACCGGGUACCUGUAUACUGGGGCCUUCAUCGGUUCCAUCCUGGGCUUGGUUUUGUCGGGGAUCCUGUCCGAUUCGAUGAACCGUUUCUUGAUCAAGCUCAACCGCGGGAAAUAUGAACCAGAGUUUCGCAUAUUCCUGGUAACCUUCCAGCUGAUAUUCUGCGGCGCAGGGCUCUACGGGUUCGGAAUUAUCGCCGAGGAUGUAGCCAGGUAUGGAUGGCUUGUGGCUGAUGUGUUCUUCGCGCUCGUCAUCGUCGGGAUGGUCAUGGGUGCCGUGGCGAGUGCGCUGUAUAUCGUAGACGCACAUCGCGAAAUCGCGAUUGAAUCGUUCACCUGCAUGCUCGUUUUCAAAAACAUGUUCAGUUUCGUUCUGACAUUCUACGCCUACGACUGGCUGGUGUCCAAUGGCGUCAGGCCGGCCUUCCUGGCCAUCUCGAGUAUCCAGAUGGGGAUCUGUGCCUUGAGCAUCCCCAUGUACAUUUUUGGGAAAUGGAACCGCUCUUUCUUCCAUCGGCACGAUGUACUGAAGUUUCUGCAUUUGCGAUAA